AUGAUGCUCUUGAAUCCUCCUCUCACCGUUCCCUCUUCUUACCCAUUCCAUUUCCUUCCUUCUUCUUCUGAUCCUCCCUACGAUACUCUCCGAAACCAUCCCUCACUUUCUCUUCUCCUCAAUUGCAAAACUCUUCAAUCUCUACGCCAAAUCCACGCCCAGAUAAUCAAAACUGGUCUCCACAACACCAACUACGCUCUCAGCAAGCUUCUCGAGCUCUGCGUUCUUUCUCCACACUUCGAUGGCAUUCCUUACGCGAUCUCCGUUUUCGAAACGAUCCAGGAGCCGAAUCAGUUCAUCUGGAAUACAAUGCUUCGAGGGCACGCGUCGAGCUCGGACCCACUCUCAGCUCUCAAGCUGUAUCUUUGCAUGAUCUCACAUGGGCACCUUCCGAAUCCCUACACGUUCCCCUUUCUCUUGAAAUCCUGUGCAAAGUUGAAGGCUUUUAGCGAAGGCCAACAGAUCCACGGCCACGUUCUGAAACUUGGGUGUGAUCUAGAUCUCUACAUACACACUUCUCUCGUCUCAAUGUACGCUCAAAACGGGAGAUUAGAAGACGCACGUAAGGUGUUCGACAAAAGUCCUCACCGAGACGUGGUUUCCUACACGGCGUUGAUCACUGGCUAUGCAUCCAGAGGCUAUAUUCGAAGUGCCCGGAAGAUGUUUGAUGAAAUUCCCAUGAGAGACGUAGUGUCAUGGAACGCGAUGAUCUCAGGGUAUGCGGAAACAGGUAACUAUAAAGAAGCAUUGAGAUUGUUUAAAGAGAUGAUGAAAACGAAUGUUAGGCCAGAUGAGAGUACAAUGGUCACUGUAGUUUCUGCUUGUGCUCAGUCUGGUGACAUUGAAUUGGGUCGUCAGGUGCAUUCAAUGAUUGAUGAUGAUCAUGGGUUUGGUUCAAGUCUCAAUAUUGUUAAUGCUCUCAUCGAUUUGUACUCAAAAUGUGGUGAGGUGGAUACAGCGUGUGGUCUGUUUGAGGGAUUGGCUUACAAGGAUGUGAUUACUUGGAAUACAUUGAUCGGUGGUUACACGCAUAUGAGUCUUUACAAAGAAGCGUUGUUGUUGUUUCAAGAAAUGCUGAGAUCAGGUGAAAGUCCGAACGAUGUGACGAUGCUGAGUGUUCUUCCUGCUUGUGCGCACCUUGGAGCCAUUGAUAUUGGAAGAUGGAUCCAUGUGUACAUUGAUAGGAAGCUAAAGAGUGUUGCGAAUGCUUCUUCUCUCCGGACUAGCCUCAUCGACAUGUAUGCUAAAUGUGGAGACAUAGAGGCAGCAGAGCAAGUGUUCAACAGUAUGAUCCAUAGAAGCUUGUCGUCAUGGAACGCAAUGAUAUUUGGGUUUGCGAUGCACGGGAGAGCAGAUGCAGCGUUCAAUCUUUUCUCGAGAAUGAGAAAGAAUGGGAUCGAACCAGACGAUAUCACGUUUGUUGGUUUGUUGUCUGCUUGUAGCCAUUCAGGUAUGUUAGACUCUGGACGCCACAUUUUCAGAACAAUGACACUGGACUACAAUGUAACCCCGAAGCUAGAGCACUACGGGUGCAUGAUUGAUCUUUUGGGUCAUUCGGGUCUGUUCAAAGAAGCAGAAGAAAUGAUAAACACGAUGCCAAUGGAGCCAGAUGGAGUGAUUUGGUGCUCCCUUCUCAAAGCUUGCAAGAAGCAUGGGAAUCUCGAGCUGGCGGAAUCAUUUGCACAAAAGCUCAUUAAAGCUGAACCUGAAAACCCAGGCUCUUAUGUGCUUCUUUCCAACAUUUACGCUGCAGCAGGAAGAUGGAACGAAGUAUCGAAGAUACGAGCUCUCCUCAAUGGCAAAGGUAUGAAGAAAACUCCUGGUUGCAGCUCAAUCGAGAUAGAUUCGGUGGUUCAUGAGUUCGUCAUUGGGGAUAAGUUCCAUCCACGGAACAGGGAAAUCUACGGAAUGUUAGAAGAGAUGGAAGUGUUAAUGGAGGAAGCUGGGUUUGUUGCGGAUACUUCUGAAGUGUUGCAGGAGAUGGAAGAAGAAUGGAAAGAAGGAGCAUUGAGGCAUCACAGCGAGAAGCUAGCUAUUGCAUUUGGGUUGAUCAGUACGAAGCCUGGGACUAAACUUACAAUUGUGAAGAAUCUAAGAGUGUGCAGAAAUUGUCAUGAGGCUACGAAGCUUAUUUCAAAGAUUUACAGAAGGGAGAUUAUUGCUAGAGACAGAUCACGGUUCCACCAUUUCAGAGAUGGUGUGUGUUCUUGCAAUGACUACUGGUAA